AACCAAAGCGGCCCAUUCAAAUCUGCGUUUAAGGAUCAUCAAUCCAACAAGAAGCAGGACCAAGAGGAGGUGAGGAAAUGGAAGGAAGCAUUGAAGAAAGUCGGAAACUUCUCUGGCUUCAAUCUGAUCAAAGACAUGAAUGGGUCCAUCUCUCUCUCUCUCUCUCUCUCUCUCUCUAGAACAAUUAAAGUUUAAUCACUUCUCUCUCCAAAUUUAAAGUCUAACCAGGCGGAUGCUUUGUUGUCUAUAGCUUUUCAGUCGCUUGCUUCCCUUCAUAUGUUAUUCAGAUGCUUAUUUUCGCUUCCAUUCAUAUGUUAUUCAUAUGCUUAUUUCUGCUUGUUUUGUCCCAACAUCAUGUUUGGCUAGUAUUUUAGAUCUUUUUCCUUUAAAAUGAUUAUUUUAUCAGCUAUAUUAAUGCAACGCAUCCUUGACUUUCUCAAAUUCAUUUUAAACUUAAUUACUUUACUUAAUUAACCCGGACAUAUCCUUAACGCUACUAACAGUUAAAAGUGAGAAACUUUAAGACGUGAGCUUUGUGUUGAAAGAUUUAAUUAACAAUCAACAAAAAAAAAAAAAUCAUGUUUUCCCAAAAAGCAUGUAUAAGAUUUUAUGAGAAAUCUAAAAUUAACGGACACAAAUUUUCUUCUGAAAAUUUCUUAAUUACCAAUGAACAGAGGACUAUUUGAUCAAUUUUCAUGCUCUUGCUUAUAAAAAUCACAAGCAUGCUGUUAGGUUUAUGAGGAAAUUGUUUAUAAAUAUUUAAAAUGUACUAUUUAUGUAUAAUCUGAGAGUACUUGAGCGUAAAGUAGCUAUUUUCUCAGUGACCAACUUAAUAUAACUAAAAUGUUUAUUUGCGUGAACCAGUGAAGACUUACGGAUGAGUGAGACCAAACGUUCAAACAUAUGGAUGAAUGUGGAAAACUGAUCAAAGAAAGGUGUUAAUUAACUGGAUGAAGCAUAUUAUGGAAAAACCUUUUUAUUGUAAACAAUCAAUAAAUACAGGUAUGCAAAUAGCCAAAUAUUCAAUUUGGAUCUGCUAAAGGAGCAUAAAUUCAUUUUUCCUAUUGUUCAUAAAUUGUCAAGCAUGCGACAAAUUAAUACUUGCAGGGAUGAGACAAAGCUAAAGCGUGCAGUCAUUGAGAGAGUGUCAACCAUACUAAACAAGAAGCCAUUCGAAGUAGCAAAGCAUCCAGUCGGAAUUGAAACUCGUGUUCAUGACGUGAAGAAAAUGUUGGAGAAUGGAAGCAAUAUUAAUGGUGUUCAUGUGGUUGGCAUCCAUGGUAUGGGGGGUCUUGGAAAAACAACGAUUGCCAAGGCUGUUUACAAUGACUUAGGCGAAGGAUUUAAUGGCGCCACUUGUUUUAUUUCAAAUGUUAGGGAAAAUGCUGGACAACCCAAUGGAUUGGUCAACUUACAAAAACAGUUCAUUGAAGACAUCUUGAAAGAAAAAAAUACAUUCUUACGUGAUGUUGCACAAGGAAAAAAUGUGAUCAAAGACAGGGCCAGUCGUAAAAGAGUUCUACUGGUCUUAGAUGAUGUUGACAACAUAAAACAACUUGAUGCAUUGGCUGGUGGGAGAGAUUGGUUUGGAUCAGGAAGCGUGAUCAUAAUAACAACUAGAGAUGAGGGGGUACUGCUAGCCCACAACGUGAAACAAGAUGAAAUUUACAAGCCACAAGAACUGAAUGAAGAUCAAUCUCGAGCAUUAUUCAUGUUUCACGCAUUUGAUGGUGAACAACCACAAGGAAAAUAUGUCCAAUUAUCAAAUGAAGUUGUUGCAGCAGCUGGUGGGUUGCCCUUAACCGUCGAAGUUAUCGGAUUGCUUUUCUCUGAUAAAAAGAAUGUACAAGAAUGGAAAGAUACAUUAGAGAAGCUGAAAAAGAUUCCCCCAAGGGAAGUCCAAAAGAGAUUGAAGCUAAGCUAUGACAAUUUAGAGGACUUGGAGAAGAAAUUAUUUCUAGAUAUUUCAUGUUUUUUUAUAGGUGAGAACAGGGAAAAUGCUACUUACAUGUGGGAGGGUUGUGGCUGGUUCCCAAAUGCAGCAAUUAUGGUGCUUGUACGAAGGUCUCUCAUUAAGAUACGUGUGAUCAAUAAGAUGGAUGAGAAAUAUGAACUAUUUGAGAUGCAUGAUCAAAUAAGAGACAUGGGGAGAGCCAUAGUUGACGAAGAAUGCUCUCGAAAGCUUCAGAAGAAGAGUAGACUGUGGAAUAACCAAGACUCUUGGGAUUUACUUCAAAGAAAGGGACCAGGGACUAUUGAUGCUGAAGGGAUUCGGAUAUUGCGGAAGGACAAAUUGUUCAAUGAGAAUUAUUGUACAGUUAGUGCUGAAUGCUUUGAAAGCAUGCCCAACCUGAGAUAUCUUCAAGCUGAACAUGUCAACUUCCAUGGCACAUUUCUAUGUUUUCCUACAGAUCUGAAAUGGUUGCGGAUGAGAAGUUGCCACUUUGACUCCCCGCCAUCUGAUUUUAAUCUUGAGAAGCUUGUCAUCCUUGAGCUCUAUAAUACCAACAUGGCCCCAAUUCUUAUAAACCAAGUGUCACUGAGAUUAAAGGCCUUCAAAAGAUUGCAAGUUCUGUCACUUCAUCGAGUGGAAACAAAGAUUACCCUUGAUUUCACGAAUACGCCUAGCUUAGUGAAAUUGAAAUUUUUUGAUUGCUCAGCAUUAACUACAAUUGAUGAAUCAAUUGGGAAACUCAAGAACUUGACACAUUUAAGCACUCCCAACUGUAGGCUUCUACGGAAAUUACCAGAUUCAGUUUGGCGAUUGAGUUCGCUUGAGGUCCUUAAUAUUUCUGGUUGUUUCAAUUUUUCCUCUUUGCCAGAGCGAUUGGGAGAGUUGGGAUCACUGAAGAAGCUUGAUCUCAGUUACACACGUAUAAAGAAGCUACCUGAUUCCAUUUGCCGGUUAAGUUCUCUUGAAGUGCUUUGUUUGCUACUUUGCUUUGAACUUUGUUCUAUACCGGAAGGCUUAGGGGACAUGAAGUCAUUAAAGAAGAUUGACCUUUCUUGGACUGGCAUUGAGGUCAUACCUGAUUCUAUUGGACAACUUACCAACCUUGUUGAGCUAUCUUUAUGUUACUCAAAAAGCUUGGACAGCUUACCCGAUUCCAUUUGCCAGCUAAAGUUGUUGAAAUCGCUUAAUGUUAUUGGGUGUCUUUCUCUCUGCUCCUUGCCAGAAAAACUAGGACACAUGGAGAAACUGGAGGAGCUUAUUCUUGACAAUACCAAAAUAGAGAUCAUACCUGAUUCAGUUGGACAGCUUAAAAGCCUUCGCCUGCUAUCUUUGCAAGGUUGCAAGCUCCUGAAAGCAUUACCUAUUUCCAUGAGACAAUUGAGCUCCAUACAACAGCUGAAAAUGUAUGGAACCGGUUUAAAAAACUCUAAGAACGACCUUCCACUUGUUGCAGCAAUUAAUAUUAUUGAAUUGACAAGUUCAACUUGGGAGUUACUUGGCUUGUAUGACCAAUCUCACAAAACCUUAGAAAUUCUUCACUUGAAGGAUGCUAUAAUUGAAGAGUUGCCGGAUUGUGUUGGCAGGAUGGAAAACCUCAAGAAGCUGCAGCUAGAAUGUGAAAUGCUGAAAGAAUUGCCCUGUAGGAUUGAAGGGUACUGGGAAAAUCUUACUCAAUUAGAGGUUAGAAGCAUGCAUCUAAAAGCUCUGCCUGACUGCAUUGGGUCGCUCAAGCAACUUCGUCAGUUGAGUCUCAAGUGUGAGAACCUCAAAGCUUUACCCAACUCAUUUGGGUCACUGAAACAGAUGCAUAUGUUGGAAUUGAAGUGCGUGAACCUCGAAGUUCUACCAGAUUCGAUUGGAGAGCUGGAAAAUGUUGCCUUCUUCAAAAUUAAAUCAGCAAAAUUGAAAGGCCUACCAAACUCGAUUGGAUUGCUAGGAAGCGUUAAUACGUUGGUGCUACAUUGCAUGAGCCUGGAAGCUCUACCUGAUUCGAUUGGACGUUUGCAGAAACUUACAGAAUUUAAGGUGUCGUCUAACAGUCUUGAAGCUGUACCUAACUCCAUUGGUUCGUUAAAACACAUUUGGGGAUUAGAAUUAAAGUGCCCAAACCUCGAGAUUCUACCAGAUUCUUUUGGAGAAUUAGAAAGUCUUCAACGCUUUAAGGUGGACUCAAAUCGGCUCAAUUAUUUGCCCAAUUCUAUUGGUUCCCUAACAAGGAUUUGGUCCUUGAGCCUAAACUGCAUGAACCUUGAAGAUUUGCCUAACUCUAUGGAAAGAUUGCAAAGUCUUGAAAUUUUACAUUUACAUUGCUGUAAUUUUACAGCUCCACCUGCUUUCAUUGGACGAUUGGAAAAUCUUACGAUCUUCUCGUUCAACAGCAAUAAAUUAAAAUACUUGGAUGCAGCAAUUAAUGAGUCCUUAGGAAGGCUUCAUCAUCUAUAUCUAAGUGGUUGUGAGAACCUGGAAGGUAUAAUAGCUGCCUCUAUUCGACCAACAGGUUUGGCUUGCCUCACAUCCUUAGGGUCGCUUCAUUUGAAAGACUGCAAGAGGCUUGAGUACCUUCCUCAGGUUCCCUCUUCUCUACUCUGGCUUGAUGCUUCAGGGUGCACCAAUUUGAGAACUGUGUCGGAUAUUUCAAACUUGAAAACUUUGUACAGGUUGUGUUUGGGUGGUUGUAAGCUGCUUGAAGAUGUGCCUGGCCUUGAAAAUAUUUCACCAAACUUGGAAGUGCUGGAACUGCCUGGUCCUUGUGAUUUCAUGGGGUGUUGCCACUUUAAUCAUGAUUUAAAAAACAAAGUGUUGAAGCGGACAACUUUUGAAAACUUGGGAAGGUUGAAGAUGUCAGGAUCUUUUGUGCAAGGAUCGGCAAAAGGACAACAGCGGCUGCAAUUUAAACUCCCCAGGUUGCCAUUUAGUUGGUUGAGAAGAGCAUGGGUGAAGUUGGGCCUGGACAAGGUUCUCUCACCCAUCUGCAUAGCAAUCAUUGCCGAUAACGUUCCUGUGUUUGAGAAAAUUGCAGAAGUCGACGGUGCUGAAGUCGAAUUGAACUUAGAAGCAGAAAGCAUUGUGAACACAGGGAAGGAAGCACAUUGCUAUACAAUGCAAGUGACAAUGGAUGUGUCCCAACUACAAAAUGUAUUUGUACUUCUUGUAGAAAAUCGUCGGUACUACCGGUACUGUCAGUACUGGUAGUAGCUAUCACAUCCGGGGAAAUGGACGGUGUUUGCACUCAGAAGAGGCCAAUUCUUCCCAAGGAAAGUACUCCACAUGAUCAUUAUUAUAACAUGUCAAAUAUUGUGCAUCCAGGUCAAUGGUGCAGCCACAAAAAUUUUUUCAUAAGAUACUAAAUAUAUAGUUAA